GCCACGAACCAACUCAUCGGGCGCGGAGACCACCGCGGGGGGAAAAGCGAGGGAGGGGGGAGAGGACUGAAGAGAAAUCAUGGAGCCGAUUUGCUGUGGAGAUUCGGGCGCGUGAUCCGGUCGGAUCUUGCUUUCCCGGGGGGCGAUCGAGGCCACGCCGCUGCUGCCGCGGUGCCCUCCCUCUGCCUCUGGGCUCUGCGUGUGACGUGCCGUGCCAUGGCGCUCGCCCUCGCCUAUAUCCCCAGCCUCCCUCGCCCCGCCGCUGGCCGCCGCAUUCAGUAAAAAGCCACCUACCCUACCCUCCUGCGCUGGUACUACUUACUACCUAGCCAGGCCAAGGAGCCCAACGAGGGGGAACGCUGCGGUAGGCGCGCGCUGCUCGUCCCACCCCACGCCGCCAUGACGGUGCCAGAUGCCGAGUCGCGCUUCCAUGUCCUCGCGGUGGACGACAGCCUCGUCGACAGGAAACUCAUCGAGAUGCUGCUCAAGACCUCGUCCUACCAAGUGACCACGGUGGAUUCCGGGAGCAAGGCGCUGGAGCUGCUGGGGCUGAGGGACGCGUCGUCGCCGUCUCCGUCCUCGCCUGACCACCAGGAGAUCGACGUGAAUCUCAUCAUCACUGACUACUGCAUGCCAGGCAUGACAGGAUACGAUCUGCUCAAGAGAGUGAAGGGGUCCUCCUCGCUCAAGGACAUUCCUGUGGUGAUCAUGUCGUCUGAGAAUGUGCCUGCCCGGAUCAGCAGGUGCUUGCAAGACGGCGCGGAGGAGUUCUUCCUGAAGCCCGUGAAGCUGGCCGACAUGAAGAAGCUCAAGUCGCACCUGCUGAAACGGAAGCAGCCCAAGGAGGCGCAGGCGCAGGCGCAGGCGCAGGCGCAGCAGGGACAGGCGGUGGAGCUGGAGCCUGAGCAGCAGCUGGACCCGCGCACGCAGCCGGCGCACGACGCGGAGGAAACCGCGGCAGAGCCGCCGCCGGCCGCAUCCAACGGAACCACCGAUGGCGGCAACAAGAGGAAGGCGGCAGCCAUGGAGGAGGAGGGGAUGCUGGCCGUGAUGACGGUGGCGGCGCCGGAGAGCAGCACCAAGCCGAGGCUGUCCACCACCACCAGCAGCCUGGCGGUGGAAACCUGAGCUGAGAAUCGGACGGCGACCGGAUCACAUACUACUACCUACGUACAUUAAUCCACCAUUGCGGGCAGUCGAGAGGCAACCAACCAACCAAGAACCAACCGACCAAACCCAGGCCACCGCCGAGAAAGAGCUCGUCCUCCUUUUCUUUCGCUGGUUCUUUUGGUUCUCGGAGCUAAUUAAUGGAAUGAAGGUGUGAGCUCCUGGGGAUGGAGGGGCGGUUACGGGCUCUAAGUGAAGAACAAUUACGACGUACCUUACCUAGCGGCUGCUGCUUCGGCCGGCAAAUUUUGUUGUGCUCGUGGUCAUGGACACCCUUGUGUUCGUUAGGAGGGGGUCGGGGUGGAACGGUGAAAAGGAAGCUGUAGAUAGAAAAGGCAGGCGUCUCAUGCUCUUGUUGUCUAGUCUAAUUUUUAAUUUUACUCGGCUUAUUAAUCACGGUACUGACUAGCUGCCUCAAAACCUGUGAUGGAUCAGUUGGCUGCUGAUGUUGUUUUCGCUCAGUUCUUUUCCCACAAAUAUGUACACUCAAUAUUCAAAUAAACUCUUUUCCAAUAUCU